AUGCCCCACACCAGGCUGCUGCUCCUCCUCGCUCUCCUCUGCGCCACCGAGACCGGCCGGGCUCUGCACCUCUACAACACUGCCACCAUCUUCAGCUGCCUCAACGCAGCCCUCGCCGAAGCCCGGAAGAGCCGCCCAGAGGAAAACGCCAUCUUGGACAAACGCAGCUUCGAAUCCCCAUCACCAGAGGGGAUGUUUGAGGAGGAGGCGGGGGAGGAUGUGGUGGAUGAAGAGAUGGGGAAAAGGACGUUCCCAGGGGAAGGCCAUUACAAAUACGUCUCCCAGGCCCAGGUGAAGGGGAAGACAUACCAAAACCGAGCCAAGAGUGACCGCCGCACCAAGGUGACCCUCUCCCUUGAUGUCCCCACCAACAUCAUGAACAUCCUCUUCAACAUCGCCAAAGCCAAGAACUUGCGGGCAAAGGCCGCUGCCAACGCACACCUCAUGGCCCAAAUCGGGCGGAGGAAGUGA